AUGAACUCUGAGGAAAGCGUAACCGAAAGCAGCAGGAAAUCGAGGAGCAGCGGCAGCCGAUCCUCACAUCGCAACAGCACCGAUCCAAAGAGGAAUGAACCUCGCCGAACCAAGAGAAGCGAGGAAGAACUCAAGGCCAAGGAAAAGGCUCGUGCUGAGCGAGACAGCAGUGUUGCUGGGUCGAAUGUUGCUGACCGUACUGAUGUUGAAGCACCGAUUGAAGGCCAGAGUGGUCACAGCACCAGCAAGCAUAGAACAGGUAGAAGACGAGGCCAACAAGAUCGACUUACCAAGGCGGAUGCUGCAGCAAAGGCAAAGGAAAUCUUGGAUCGACCGAGCCAAUCAAUUACUGGACCGAUGCCAGGUGCCCAUGCGGUCUCUCGCGGAACUGACGCUGGCAAAGAGAAACUUUCUGGAAAAGAGAGAAGGAAAGAAAGUAAGGCCCGUGGUUCUGAUCGUACAGACGUACCGAUUGAAGGCAGCAGCGGUCACAGCAGCAAGCAUAAAGCUGGUAGAAGACGAGGCCAGCAAGAUCGACUCACCAAGGCGGAUGCUGCCGCAAAGGCAAAGAGCCUCUUGGAUUCAUCGAGUCAACCGAUCACUGUGCCGAUGCCUGGGUCGCAUGCGUCCUCUCGUGGAACUCAAGUUGAUAAAGAUCGAUCCGCCAAGGAUUCUGCUUCCAAGGCAAAGAACUUGACUAUCAAUGGAUUGGUGCCCGGUGCCCACCAGUCUGGUAUAACGACCAAGAAAGGAAGAGGCAGCAGGCCUGUGUCGGCUGUGUCAGCUACGGAGGAAAGUCGGGUAGAAAGAAGAGCAAGACUUGAAGCUGAAAAGGGAGAUCAUCUCGAUCCUAUGAAUACGGAUGGACUCGUGACAGCUAAUGCUGUAGAAGACACUGAUGGAGACGAAGCUUUGGAGCUUGAUGGCAAAGGACCAAAGAAAGCCAAGUCGACGGCUACGGGAAUCUUUGUUCCGGAGUCAAGUGAAAACAACGAAGCACAGAAUGGCAAUUCGAAUCCAAGGAACUGGGAACGAUUCAAACAGAAAAAGAGCGCUCGGAUCUGUUGCUGCCUGCUUUUUAUCUUUGUUGUUGCAAUUGCCGGUAUUGGAGCAUGGCUUGGCACUCGUAACACGAAUUCAUCCGCCUCAAAUGGACCAUCACAAGUUGAAAGUGAUACAAUCGCAGAGACGAAUAUCACAGAUGUUCCAUUGGAAACCGACCCUCCAACUCAGGAUUCUUCGACGUUUACAAGUUCCCCUAGCGGAUCUCCAAGUACCAACGUCGAUGUUGAUUUUGAUCCACCCUUGGCAGAAGAUUGUGCCGCCGUCGCUAACGGAACUACCAUACAAGGCCAAGAAGCAAUGCCCGUGCAGAGAUACAAACUCGAGCUCGAUGCGACUCCGUUUCUUCCAAUGGAACUCAGCGUUUCAGCCGACAUCAUUGAGGAGAAGUUUCGAGAGUUGCUGGCUCUAGCUCUAACUGGAUGCAAUCGAGUUGUCCGAAACUUGCGAAGUCUUCGCUAUCUGGAAGGUUCCUUUGUGUAUGCGAUUGGAAAUGUGGCACUCAAUGCGUCAGGAGUCGAGGGGGUACAAUGCGACGAUACUUCCAAUCUACGGUGUCAUCGAAUCAAUGUGGCGCUUGACAUUGCGGUAAAGGAUGAUUCGGUGAAAGUCGUGGAUGUGAUUGGUGAAGUCAGUGCCUUUCUUGGAGACGGUGUACUUGCCGAAAAACUUGAAUUAGCUGGGCUCUACGAAAGAAUCAUUGUUACAAAUUUGGGAUACAUUGAUUUAGCGACACCCCCAAACAGCAACGAUAUGACUGCUUCAGUGGGGCCGACACUCUUUCCCACUGCACAUCCCUCUCUUUUGCCGUCACAAGCUCCAUCACAAAUGCCAUCCUCGACUCCUGUCAUCAUGGUUCCAAGGUCAACACCAAUGCCGUCGCAGACGAUGUCUCGCAAUCCUUCGCGGAGCCCGUCCUCUGUCCCAUCCCGAGUGCCAUCCGAAACCCCUAGUGAAGACCCAAGCGAAGCCCCAAGCAAUGCUCCAAGCAUAUACCCGACACAUGGGCCUACUUUGUCACCCACGCUUCAACCCACGACUGCCCAACCUACUCCUGUACCAACCGCUCUACCUCCACGAUGGAACUGUUUCGAAUCGAACAGCGAGCUUUCUGAAGCAGUUGGGAACUGGUUUCAGCCUUCUGAGUUAAAGGCAUCAGUCGAAAGCACAUAUGGACCAAUCAAAGACUGGUGUUUUGCUGCCAGCGUUACCAGUAUGAGAAAUCUAUUCAGUGGUCGCACCACUUUCAAUGAGGACAUUGGAAACUGGAAUGUUUCUUCUGUGACUGAUAUGCCUUUCAUGUUCUACUCUGCAUCAUCAUUCAAUCAAGAUCUGUCAUCCUGGGAUGUUUCUUCGGUAACAACAAUGAGUCACAUGUUCGAUGGCGCAGCAUCCUUCAAUCAAGACUUGUCAUCAUGGAUUGUUUCUUCUGUAAAGUUCAUGUCGGUCAUGUUCCGCAACGCACAAUCUUUCGAUCAAGACCUGUCAUCAUGGGAUGUUUCUUCUGUGACUGACAUGACUGGGAUGUUUCACCGUGCAUCAUCAUUCAAUCAAGAUUUGUCAUCAUGGGAUGUUUCUUCUGUGACAAAAAUGCCUUCAAUGUUCCUGGACGCAUCAUCUUUCAAUCAAGACUUGUCAUCCUGGGAUGUUUCUUCAGUCACAGAUAUGAGUUGGAUGUUCUGGAGGGCAUCCUCAUUCAACGAAGACAUAUCCUCCUGGGAUGUUUCUUCAGUAACGAACAUGCGGCAAAUGUUUGAAAGUGCAUCAUCCUUCAAUAAAGACUUGUCAUCCUGGGAUGUUUCUUCUGUGACAGAUAUGAGCCGGAUGUUCUUCGCGGCAUAUGUCUUCAAUCAAGACUUGUCAUCCUGGGAUGUUUCCUCGGUAACAGUGAUGAACGGAAUGUUCUACAGAGUCUCAUCAUUCAAUCAGGACUUGUCAUCAUGGGAUGUUUCUUCUGUCACACUAAUGAAUCACAUGUUCUACUACGUACCAUCAUUCAAUCAAGACUUGUCAUCCUGGGACGUUUCUUCUGUCACACUCAUGAAUAAGAUGUUUGAAGGCGCAACAUCCUUCAAUGGAGACUUGUCAUCCUGGGACGUUUCUUCUGUGACAGAUAUGAGUUUCAUGUUCCAAGGCGCAGCGUCCUUCAAUCAAGAUUUGUCAUCUUGGGAUGUUUCUUCUGUGACUUCCAUGACAAACAUGUUCCACACUACAUCAUCUUUCGAUCAAGACCUGUCAUCCUGGGAUGUUUCUUUGGCCACGAAGUUAAACGGAAUGUUCUACAAAGCAUCAUCAUUCAAUCAAGACUUGUCAUCCUGGGAUGUUUCUUCUGUCACACUCAUGCGUUACAUGUUCACUGGAGCUACAUCAUUCAAUCAAGACUUGUCAUCUUGGGAUGUAUCUUCUGUGGUUGACAUGCUGCAAAUGUUUGACGGUGCAUCAAACUUCAAUCAAGACUUGUCAUCCUGGAAUGUUUCUUCUGUCACUGACAUGAGACUUGUGUUCUUCAAGGCAAUAUCCUUCAAUCAAAAUCUUUGUGCAUGGGGCUCGCGCCUUCCUAGCAAUGCCGACGUUGGCUUUGCGUUUUCUGGCGCCACAAGCUGCCAAUCACAGUCCGAUCCAAACCUCUCUGCGAAUCCACCCGGUCCAUUCUUCUGUCAAGCCUGCGAUUAA